UUUGGUUGGUUUUUUUUAAGGCGGAGUAUUGACACUAAGUGGAAACUAUACAGACAUUUUGUUUUAAUCCGUCUCCAGUUAUACUGUUUGUGAAUUAAGCCAAUGUUUUCGUGUAACACCUGCAUUUUGGCUGUUACCGUAUGGAUAGUCGCUUACUCAGGGACAAGAGUAACAGCAUGGCAUUCGUUCUCGAACAGCCGACGAAUGUCUUCAUUUCGAAGAGGCCCACCACCAACUGACAGAAUUCAAAACAGUCCACCGAUAAACAACGUAAUUGAAAAAGGUCCACCAGUGCCGCUGAUUAAAAUACCCAGACCUAGUCCCAUGACAGUUGCAGCAGUCGUCGUGAAGCCAAGAACAGCCUGUGCUAUUCAGGAUCUGAUGUCAUGCUGGUUUACAUGUUACAAACUACGCUGUCCGUCUUACCCGCAGGCCAGAUGCACGGGUAUGCGAAGUGGCUGUACCUGUCGACCAGCAUGGGUUUGGGGAGGACGAGAGGUGGAUUGCAGUAUACCGCCACCAAUUGUUGAUCUCCGAGGUUCCCAAGACCUAGUAAUCCCUAUCCCCAGUAACAGACGACGGAAAUUCUUUGGACGAAGGCGGUUCGGCGACUCCGGCGAAGAUGGCUUUAGGCGUAGACGAAUUUUUAGGAAUCGUCCUGUAAAACCAGUGCCUUCUCGUAACAUCGGUACAGGCCCCAUAAUAACAGACGUGCCUGCGACCAUUAUCGGUGGACCGGGACCGAACCCGCUGCCUCCUGUUGGGGGUGGACCGAUGGGGCCGCCUGAUAUUACUGGACCUGUUCCCGAGCCACAACCUAUAGUUCCUGUUGGGGGUGGACCGAUGGUGAAACCUGAUAUUACUGGACCUGUUCCUGAGCCACAACCUAUAGUUCCUGUUGGGGGUGGACCGAUGGUGAAGCCUGAUAUUACUGGACCUGUUCCCGAGCCAAAACCUAUAGUUCCUAUUGGGGGUGGACAGAUGGUGAAGCCUGAUAUUACUGGACCUGUUCCCGAGCCACAACCUAUAGUUCCUGUUGGGGGUGGACCGAUGGUGAAACCUGAUAUUACUGGACCUGUUCCCGAGCCACAACCUAUAGUUCCUGUUGGGGGUGGACCGAUGGUGAAACCUGAUAUUACUGGACCUGUUCCCGAGCCAAAACCUAUAGUUCCUGUUGGGGGUGGACCGAUGGUGAAGCCUGUCCCCGAGACACAACCUAUUAGGGGUGGACCUGCUCCGGAACCACAACCAACAGGUCCCAUUGGAGUAAUUGGAGAACCAUCCGGUAUUAUUGGAUCCCCAAUUGGACCUCAACAACCAACAGGACCCAUUGACAUCAUUGCAUCCCCAAUGGUAUCUCAACAACUUUCAGGAUCUAUUAACGUCAUUGGAUCCCCAGUAGGACCUCAACAACCUUCAGGACCCAUUGACACCACUGGAUCCCCAAUUGGACCUCAACAACCCACAGGACCCAUUGACACCAUUGGAUCCCCAACUGGACCUCAACAACCCACAGGACCCAUCACUGGAGGUCCUAUCGGAGGACAGCUACCCGGUGGCCCCGUUGAUGUUACUGGUGGACAGGGCGGACCUAUCGGGUCUCCAGUGUCUCCUGUCGGCGCAGGUUCCAGGAUGAUCGAUCAACAGGCUCUGGCGAUCCUACAGAACGAGGUUUGUGAUCCUAAAUACGACGUAGCUGACUGUGCAGAGAACCCAUGCUUCAACCAGACCUGUGGUAUUCCUGGAUCCGUCUGCAGACAGAGCAGAUGCGGAGCAUGUCAUGCUAAAUGGUUCGUUGGAAAUGAAGAAGUAGACUGUUCACCAGAAUGUGUUCCUGGUGUAAGAAAAGUCCGGUGUUUGUUUGAUCCGUGUUCCCGAUUUACUUGUCCGGCCUUUCCUAACGCAGUUUGCAGAGUAAACAGAUGUCGAUCAUGCCGGGCCGUGUGGAGUGUUGCUGGUGUCCCGGUUAAUUGUGAUAUAGAAAAACAAGACUGCCCACCUGACCAAGUCCGAACUUGUCCGAGGUGCUGGGUACAGAAAUGUCCAAGCGACGUGUCAGCCAGAUGCAGAGUAACCGGUUGCACAGACCACUGUGGGAUGGAGUUUUACAAGGUUUCUCACGGAGUGGUAGAGGUGAUCAACUGUACUAUUGCAGGGAUGUUCCCCUCACGACGAGGAUAAACCACGAUACGAGACUUUAAUUUAUAGUCCAUGCCGGUUCAGCCCGGGAUGGAAAAAAGAGAUAAUAUAUAAAAUAUUAGGGGUGUCAUGAUACACCGAUGCAUCGACGUAUCACGAUACUGCUCCUGGCGAUACCAGGGCCUUAGCUAGCGGGAGGGGAGGGGGGGGGGGGCAAAGGGGGCAGUUGCCUCCCUCCCUACAAAUAUCCGGAAAAAAUUAUAGAAACUUAAAGAAAAUUCUAUUCUUAACCGUUUAAGGAGUUUUAGACUAUUAACUACUCAGUUGCCCCCCCCCCCCCC